CCCUGCCCGCCCUAGGCGCUGCCCUCCCGCUCGCCUGUCUGCUGCUGCUGCUGUACACUGCUAAGCACCACCCCCCGCCACCGCUGUGCACCUCCAGCCUGCCACCACUCCUUGCCCCAGCUGUCUUGCAUACGGCGCUAAUACACGAUGCCUGCAGUAUACAGCUCCCAGCAAAAGGCUGCCAUCCAGCAAUUCAUGAACUUCACCCAGGUCGACCGCAACUCGGCCAUAAGGACGCUCAAGAGCUAUGGAUGGGACGCACAGAGCGCCGUGAACGCUUACUACGGCAGUGGUGUCGACGGCAGUGGCAGUCUGGCAACGACUGCUGCUUCUAAGGCUGCCCUUAACACACUGUUCGACAAGUACAGAGAGGCCGAUGCCCAAGACAAAGACAUCAUCGGAGCCGAAGGCACUAUGACAUACCUGGAGGAUAUAGGCGUCCAUGCCGAAGGCCUAGAUUCGCUAGCCACUCUUGAGAUCAUCCAGACACCGGCCAUGGGCGAGAUGCACCGUGAGGGUUUCGUAAAGGGCUGGUUCGAGCGCAACUGCGACACUCUCGACAAGCAAAGGGCGUAUAUGCAGAGUCUGAAACAGGACCUCCCCAACAACAAGGAACUCUUCACUCGGGUGUACAAGUACACAUUUUUCGUCGCCAAGGCUCCAGGCCAGAAGGCGGUGCCACUGGAUAACGCGGGGGUGUUCUGGGAGGUACUAUUUACAUCGCCACUGUCGCCAGUCAAGUGGACGACGGACAGCACGCCAUGGCUGAGCUGGUGGACAGAGUUCACCAACUCGGAAUGGAAGAAGAGCGUCAACAAGGACAUGUGGAACGAGACACUCAAGUUUGCACAGCUUACGCUGGAGGAUGAGGCUAUGAGCUUCUGGAGCGAGGAGUCUUCGUGGCCGUCUGUCAUUGAUGAGUUUGUCGAGUGGGUCAAGGAGAAGCGUGGGGACACCAAGGAGGAGGCCAUGGACGAGGAGUACUGAGGCGUGUCGACGACGACGACGGACAUUGAUGAUUGGAGUCUCACUUGGGCUGACUAGCGGGGAGUUACGGUAGAUGAAAAGACUUGGUACUGGGAUAGUUGAUGGCGGCUCGGGCGUCGGAAGGCGGGUCUACUUGGUACAUGAUUACGAGAUUCACGGGAGCAUAACAUACCCUUGGCCGGUCUUUGCGGCACUUGGAUGGGACGUACGUAUGCCUUAGUAGAUAGAGUAGCUCGACAUGAGUAAUUG